AUGUCAAAAGUCAUUUGUCGUUUAGAAGGAGAGAGCUCAUCUCUCAGCUCAUCAAACAUUGAAAAACUUCUUCUAAUACUUGAAGAAAAUACAUCUUUUGAUAGUCUUGUGAAAGAUAUCAAAAACAAAGCCAAGAAUUUAAACUUUACAGACAAUGUGUGCAACGAUUUCCGAAUCAAGUAUUUCGACGAAACUGCUGAAGAAGAAGUUUGUAUUUCCUCUGAUCAAGACGUUAGGGUGUUUUUGGAUCAAAUUAAAAAACCCAAACACAAAGAAAGAAACAAGGUACUCUCAUUCAAAAUUCUUUCCCCAUCCAACAACAGCAAAAGGGCAUCAAGCAAUCAUGCGUCUGAAGGUGUUAUUACUGCAGCGAACAGGACCGGUACAAAGGACUCCAAUUUUCCUCGCUCUUCCUUCGGUAUCCAAACAAUACAGCCACCACAGGACAACCAUGAUAGCGUUCCAACUUCUCGAAAAGACCUCAACAGUUCAAGACCUGGUGAUAAA